AUGCUCAACGAGGUAGACGAGGCCUCCACCCCCAGCGACGGCUCAGAACUCGGUGGAACCGCUGCAGAACCCGCACCCGGCGCCGGCCCCGCAGCGCCAGAUACCUCCACCAGUGGCUCCGAAGCGCCAGCCCGCGACACCGCCGGUCCCGAAGCGUCAGCCCCCGACACCGCCGGCCGCAAAGCGCUGUCUCCCGACUCCGGCGGCUGCGAAGCGCCAGCUCCCGAUACCGCCGGCCAAGAAGCGCCAGCCCCCGACCCCGGCGGCACCGAAGCGCCAGCGCCCACCGGCUCCGCAGCAACAGCUCCCGGCGGCGCAAGCCCAGGGCCAGCGCCGCUCCCUCCAGGGGUAGAGGCGAGACCUCCCGGCGGCGGGGCACGCGUGACAGAGCCCUCUCCGGACUCUCCCAGGCCCCGCGCCGGGCUCCCUCCGCGGCACCGCCGCGUCCAUCGCGCCGGUCACAGGCAAGGCAGGGGCGGACCCAGCGCCCGGCGCUGGGGCGGCGGCACCUCCGCUCUGCUGCAGAGCACUUAG